UCUAAACAACAGAUGGCUGUAGUCGGAGCGCACGUGUCGGCUCGUGACCACUUACAGUAGGCUCACUGCUGGAAUCAGGGCGAGAAUGUAAUGUUUUUGAUGUUUAGAGUUUACAAUUGAUCUCGACACAGCUUACGAGACAGAUUUCGCUCAUCUACGAUCAACUCAAUAGUAACAGCAGUGCCAUCUGCACACCGAUGCAACAUAAUAUGCACAGGUACUCAACAUAUCGCCUUGUAUCGUCCCCAGGGGAAGUCAUAGCGGCGAGCAGCGAGCACCUCUUCAUUCAAUCAUCAUUCAUUCCUUGUCGUUCAACAACUCGUUACACAGAAAUCGUAUGUAUACAUAUUGUCACCGCGAUACCAGUAGAUUCACUCGGAUUUACCUUGGUAAACAAAAAUGGCUUUCUGGGGCCUGUGCAAAUCAUCGCGUUCAAUGUGUUCACCAAAACGUCGGUAACACAUGUUCCGAGCACCAUUGAGACGCACACGCAUCCACACAUGUUAAGAAAGUUAGAAAGAAGCUAGUUUUCCUAUGUGGCUGAACAUGGGAAAACCGUCAGAGCGACAGAGGUAGACAGGACGGCGGCACUCACCCGGUCAUAUCCCGCGGCAGCCGGCAGAACUGAAG